AUGCGAAGAAAUGUCAAACGUAUAUUUGAGAAAAAAAUCCGCGAAUUAAAAUUAAUUGGAAAAACCAUUCAUUUAAAUAAAUUCAAAUAUAACCAUAUCGAUUUUAAUAACAGGAUUUAUAAGACCGAAUUUUUUAAAUGGCUUAGACUUGCGUGUAAAAACUGGUUUGCGGCGGUGUUAUGUGCUAUC